AUGUCCUCUACAGAUCAAAUAUUUAAGGUAAGUAUCGGAAUUUUACGCGCCCUUAAAAGAGUCGAUUUGGGGUCAGGAGCUAACUCGAGACAGGUGGCGUCCGGUCCAGCGCCAUCAGAUGAGAGCACUAAAACUGAUGGUUUUGAAGAUGACCCCAGGUUUUAUGGAAAUGACCUAGAGUCAUCUCUUCAAGGUCAAGUACUAGACUAUAUUGAAUUGAAAGAAAAGGCAAUUGGACAAUUGGCGGGGGCAGAUUCGUUUCAUAACAGAUCAUUGUUGAAAAAGGUCGUUGCUAGAUUCGUUGGUGCUAGGGAAACAAAUGAGACACUACGAGUGAAACACCCAGACGAACCUCUACAGUUUUUAGAAUCUGAGGAAGAGUUAUUUGAACGUUUAAAGGAUCUGACAAUCUUAGCUGAUGUUGGCUUAUAUCGUGAAAUGUCCGAAAUGGACGACUUAAAAGAUGGCUUAUUGUCGUUACUUUUUCAUGAAAAUAGCGAUAUUGUGGUCCAGUUGUUUGUUGUGCUUCUCGAGUUAUUACAACCCGAUUCUGAAACAGAUGUCUCUAGUAUCCAUAAUUUCUAUCGUAUUCUCAUAAAUGGCGGCCUUUUAAAAGGUAUUGAGCAGUAUUUGAUCAGGCUACAAAAGCCUAACCAAGAAGCGCAAGAAGACGACGUAUUGGGUAGGAGGGUGGAAGAAGAGAAAGCAACGCUAGAUUUAUUGUCGUCACUUGCUGAAAUAGAUGAGUUUAUCUUGAACUUUUCAAAUUGUUCUGAUCUGUUUGACAGUUUGAUAACAAGAAUACAAAACAAGGAACCUGGAGACUUAGUGUCGGAAAAUCGCCUUAGUUGUGCCUUGAUAGUGCAAAGCCUUCUUUCAAACGGACCUCUGGCUAAAGUUUUAAUUACGGCUAGCUCAGUUGAAAGCAUUCUAAAUGUCACAUCCACAUAUAUUUAUAAAGAUCCAGAGCCAUAUGAAACGGAUAAACUGUUUUCUGAGUGUGUUUUCGAUGUAUUAUCUUCCAUCUCAGUUAAUUCUAGGGAUGAUUUUCUAAACUUUGAAGGGCCAGAGCUAAUGAUAAAACUAUUGAGGGAUGCAAAUUGGGCUGUGGGACCCGCUCUGAGAGUAUUAAAGACUUCGGUAAGAGAUGAUGAUGGUCGUAUUGCAAAUUUGAUUAUAGAAUCAGGUGGAUUGAAACACCUGUUCAAGCUAUUAUACAAAGGGUCUAAAGGAGAAGUGGACGAUGUGAUUUCGGUACUUGCAAAUUUAUUACACUGGCUCCCCUUAGAAUCACCAGGACGAAUUAGAGUAAUUGGGAAGUUGAUCGAGAAAGACUAUCGUGCAGUUAGAUUACUACUACGGAAACGUAGGAAGUUUUGUAACCUCAUCGGAGAACUGCGGUCAAGGCUAUCUGAUAGUGCGCUCGAAGAAAAAAUGGAAAUUAUUACAGAAUUGGAAGAAGCUGGUGUGGACAAGCAAAAUCGUAUUGAUAUUAUACUCGCUUGGUUGACUGUCGAAAGUACAAGAAUUGGCCGUGACGUGAUCAAACUAUUAAGCUCAGAACCUGGAAAUUUAUUCCAGUCACUGCGUAGUUAUAUCAGUGAGCUUAACCUGAUAAUUAGAGCGGAAACCGAGGAGCCGGCGAUGCCCAAAGAUGAGCUGGAGUUCUUACGAAUGGAGGAGGAAAUGGUUUCAUCCUUGGUCAGCCAGAUGAAGCAUUCUCUACAGCCAGGGUAUGUAAACUUGCAGCAGGGGUCUUACAAAAAAAUUAUAAGCCAAUAA